CCGAAAUCGAGACCUCGCCUUUUCCCUUCGCCUCUCGUAUUCUCUCAGGAUCCCCGCCGCAUUCCGGGAAGCCUAGGGCAGACUGGGAGCCAAGCAGCGAGUCCGAAAUCCCAGAUCCUCGACGUGCCGCCCCCGACUAGACCGUGUUCCCCCUCCGACCGCCCUCCACUCCACGUACAAUAGGCAGUUCCUCCCAAGGAGAUGUCGAUUCCAUUCUCCAGCACCCACUACCGAAUUCCACAAGGAUUUGGGAAUCUUCUUGAAGGGCUCACACGUGAGAUUCUGAGGGAGCAACCAGACAAUAUACCAGCUUUUGCAGCAGCAUAUUUUGAGAAUCUUCUAGAGAAAAGAGAGAAAACCAACUUUGAUCCAGCAGAAUGGGGGACUAAGGUAGAUGACCGCUUCUAUAACAACCAUGCAUUCAAGGAGCAAGAACCACGGGAGAAAUGUGAGCCUGGAAAAGAAAAGUCUCAGACAUCUAUGAAAGAGGUGACAGCCUUAAAUGAAUCUUCUGAAGACAAGGACAUGGAGGAAAAUGCUGCUCUCAAAAUCCAAGCAGCCUUCCGGGGACACUUAGCCAGAGAGGAGGUAAAGAAAAUGAAAUCGAGUGAUCUUCAAGAAAAAACAGAGGAAAACGAGUGAGGAGACUGGCUUUACCCCCCAGAAAACAUGAAAAAAUCCAAAUCCAUCAACCUUGUUGUGACUGUCUUUUUUUCUUAAUAAGUGAGAUUUGAUGUAGUGAAAUAACAUUUGUUGCUGUUGUGAAAA